AUGUCUGGGCUGUUGACACCGCAGGCUUUGGCAACGGCUGGUCCGCUUGUCCUUGAGACCUUCUUCAAACACUAUCUCUUUCGUAAUCACUUGAAAGAUGAAGGUGAAGCUCGAGAGGAUCUCAUGUACGAUGAGGCUUUCGUACUUAUGAAAACGUUCAUGGAAAUAGCGACCAAGUACCCGCUGGCCGCUCUUCAACACUUUGGACUCGUCCGUACACCAGCACCACCGUGGGUCGGACUACACCGAGUCGUUAUCAAGCAUCAUACCCUCGAUAUGGCAGCCGAGUACCUUAUCGAAGCAUUUGGAGGUAAAGAAAUGGCCUACAAGAUCGCAGGCGGCAGCAAGUGGUGGCAGGUCAGAGCAGGACCAGGUGUGGAGGCCGAAUGGAUCAUCACGAAGAAAGAUUGGAAAGACUAUCAGGCUCGAGAGAGGGAUUGGAAGACAAAAGCGGAAAGCGAGCAGAUUGGACUGAUGCAAGAUGGAGGUCUGGACAAGGAUGGUGAAUUCCGCAAAGAAAUGGACGAGUUGAGGUGUAUGCUGUACAUCCACGGAGGAGCAUACUACUGGGGAUCCAUCAAUACACAUCGAUAUACCAUCUGGCGCUAUGCUAGGAAGAUGCACGGACGCUGCUUCGCGGUCAAUUAUAGAAAGGCACCUCAAUACCCAUUCCCUUGUGCGAUCCAAGAUUGCCUCGCAGCGUACCUGUAUCUCGUCAAACCACCGCCCGGGGCAAAACAUCGACCAGUCAGCCCAAAGAACAUAGUUGUCGCCGGUGACUCUGCUGGCGGAGGCUUAGUCCUCGCAUUGCUCCAAAUUCUGCGGGAUACGGAGGGCCUUGAUCUGCCCGCUGGUGCAGUCAUGAUCAGUCCUUGGUCCGAUUUGACUCAUAGCUUCCCUAGUAUUCUACAGAACACCGCCACAGACAUUGUUCCCCCGUAUGGGUUCUUACAUAAACCGUCCUCGUUGUGGCCGUCGCCGCCGCCCGACUUGACUGACGAAAUUCAAUCUCGACUGCGCACACGUGUCAAGGAGGGGAUUCAAAAGACACGAGAGACCAUGCGCGAGCGCCGAGAUACCAUCACCGCUAGGUUCACUGGUGCAGACGAAUCCUCUGCGGGCCUGGAAGCUCCCUUGUCGGCGCCGGACGAUCCUUUGACUGCACCCGCUCCCAAGGAUAUAGACAAGUCCGAUUUGACCAAUCCACCAAUCGAUUCCAUCUCGCCAGAUUCAGAUUCUCUUCAAGAUACCCAGACCAAAGUAAACAAAUCGAGUCCUGGUAGUGCGAAAGAUUCGACCGGUCCCGAUGACACGAUGCACCCGCUGACUGAGCGAGGAGUAGACGGUCAUCCACAACCUCGUGGCGAACCUCGUAUCAAUCCAAGUCGAAGCAAUCCUGGUCUCUUAUUCAAUCAAUUGCACGAAAGACGACCGGGCGAUACGUCAGCCGCCAAUACAACUCUAGCUCAAUGUGAUAUACCGCUGAGAUUGUAUACAGAGGACGAGGACAUAGAGAUCAAUACUCAAUGCCAGAUUUACGCCACAAACGCUCAGCUUUGCCAUCCUUGGGUCUCUCCGGUUCUUGGGUAUCUUGGUGGGUUGCCGCCACUGUUCAUCUGUGCAGGACAGAACGAGGUUCUCAGGGAUGAAAUCGUAUACGUAGCUCACAAAGCUGCACAUCCAUUCGACCACCCAAUAAGAGACGACGUCAAGGCCCUCUGCCCAUCGCUCAAUGGCAUAGAGAAGCGCUAUGGACCGACCUAUGUCCACCUGCAAGUGUACGAUGGCUGCUGUCAUGAUCUCGCCUUGUUCUCCAUGACAAAACCAGCCCGAGGGCUAUUCCGAGCCAUUGCAUCCUUCGCCCGAUAUGUCACACCUCAAGCUCCUGGAUCUUUGGCGAUCUCGCGGACGUCUGACAUUCCAGUUGCGGAGAGCCGCCGUGCCUCGUCAAGUGAUUACUCGACGAAGGCUGCUGAGUGCGAUCUCAGGACACAGUCAAAGUUCAUCGAGGAGACCUCGAACCAAGGACCAGAAACGGACCGAAUCCUAACAGAGGCAUUGACGGAGAAGCCUGAUUCAGGGUUAUCUUCCCCGAUUCACAGUUCUGCGAAGUCUUUGGCCAGAUUACCCAUGACCGAGGUCCAGAGUACCCAGUCGUCGCAAGCAAGCGGCUACGAGACUCCCUUCAAUACAUCCUCAAGACCUUAUACCGUCCCGUUGCCGCGAACUGCGCCAGCUCCAGAUCGAGGAGUUUCCGGAGACGAUGCUGGACCCAGAUUUGGCGACGAAGAGGACGACCUCGCCAAUCGAGAUAGUCGAGCGGCUCCGGGUACAGCGGGAUACUCGGGAGUGUAUCGGGGCCAAGAUGCAUUCACCAACUACAUGAUCCGCGAGCGGGUAGCGGUCGAUGGCAAAUGCCGCCCCCUCGAGCCUGAAUCCAAAUUGGCCGCCAUGACCAUGCCUCGAGAUGAGAUUGGAUGUAUCAAGGAGGGCGCUGCUUUGCGAUAUCUCAAUGGUCAAGCACUGUGGGAUAAGAAAUUCAAACACGCCAUCAAGACUGUUCAACGACAUCGCAAAAAGAAUUUGAAGCAGGCGAGGGAGAAGGAUAGCAAAAAGAUUCGCGACAUGUGGGCUGAACGAGCAAAAGAGGCCAGGGCAAAGCACUUGCAUGCUCCUUCUGACUCUCAAUCAUCAACGCGAACCAGCUCAGAUAUGGAGACGGAUGGCUGGGAAACAAAUGAUGAGUCUGCAUUGCCAGAACGACACCAUCGUCAUCAAUUUGGACACGCGGAUAAAGCUUUGAACAUUCCUGAAAACAUGUUAGACAAGAGUUGGAGUUGGAAGUGGGCUUUAGAGGACGAAGCUCCGCCUCCGAGUGCAGUCGUCAGCCGGCGGGACUUUGGAGAAGCACGUCGAUUGGCCCUUAUGGCAGAUAGGAUGGACUCGGAGCAUGCGUCGCCCGUCCAUGGCCUGUCCAUUUGGGUCGGGCUCGCUGCGUUCUUCUCCAGUUCUUCGGAUCGUAGUCGAGCACAUGAAGCACUACAAGGUGCGCACGAUGCCAAAAAGGCCGAGAAAGAGGCGAAGCGGAAUCAAGGAUCGGCAUCGGAUCAAGGGCACGGAGACGGGUCAAAGAGUCACGGUGUGACGGGCGGGAUGAAGCGACUGGGCAAGGCAUUAGGUAUCAAAUCGGCAAAGCAUGAGUAG